AUGCCAAAUCCCCAGAAAAAUGGAACCUUUUAUUUAAAAGAGGUUAAGGAAGCAAUAAACUAAUAAUCCACUACUUCCUAAGCUGGAUACCAAAAUGCAUUGCUUGACUUAUCCUGGUUGUGGCAAGAGUUGAUUGCUCCUUUUUUAAUUUAUUAUGGACCAGGACCUGUCGUAUAUCCAUUCCCAUCUGUUCAAAUGAUUGAAGCCGGAGGAAUAGUUGGCCCAACAUGGAAAGAUUAUGGACUACAGAAUUACUUUGGAAGAGAAAGUAUUAUGCCAAGAGUUGAAUCUUUGAUGGAGGAAUUGUAUGUUAAUUCUCCUUACGGGGAAGAUAGAGAGAGUAUGGGGCCUAUAAAAUAUAGUGAAAUUUACAAGAUUUACAAAUCUAAAUAGUGA